AUGCGGCUAUCAACAUCGUCAGCGGCCUCUCUUGGUCUGCUAUGGAUCACAUCUGCUCUGUCAUUUGUUAGCGCCGUAGCAACAGCUGGGGAAGAGUAUUAUUUCGCUGGAGAACGCGUUCAUUUGAUUGCGAGGCAACAGCUACCUGAUCUGAGCAAUAUAUCAACAUGUGGUUUGAACUGCCUCGUACAGGGUAUCGCAGGGGUCGGAUGCGACCUCACGAACACAACUUGCUCCUGUGCGAGCACCGGUCUGGGUCAGCUCGUCGGCCCUUGCUUGAUUGCAAACUGCACUAUGCAAGACUCCCUGGGUGAGUACUUCCAGAGUCGUGAUGAUGGUGCAGAAAAGAUGGGAAGACUGACGAGGCAACAAGAUGUCGCGAAACUGCAACAAACGCAGUGCAAUCUCCCUCACGAAUCCGACACUGGCAAAAUUCUUGCCAUUCUGAUCACCGUCUAUGUCACGGCUGUCGUUGCGAUUGUCUUGCGGCUUCUUGCCAAAAACAUGGCAAAGACGUGGAGUCUAGACGAUGCGUUGAUUAUUGCGGCGAUUGUCAUUGCGAUUGCCCCAGUAUCUGCAAUUCUGUUGAUGUCAAGCUUAGGAUUCGGGAAGCACCUUUACGAUCUUAAACCGGGUGGCUUACUGCAGAUCUUGCGACUACUAUACGCCGCCGAGAUUGUGUACGUCUUUGUGCUCUUAUUCGCGAAGCUGUCCCUCGUCGUCUUCUAUCUACGAAUCUUCACCGUACCGAAGUUCCGCAUCGCUGCAUACACCCUGAUCGGAUUCCUUAUCGUCGGCCAGGUGGUCAUCGGCUUUCUCACUAUCUUCUCGUGUCACCCGAUCGAGUUAUUCUGGAACAAGGACAUCCACACAGGCGCCUGCCUCGAUGUCAACCAACUUGCCUACGCGAACUCUGCCUUGGCCAUCAUCCAGGACCUUCUUAUUCUCGCCCUCCCGAUAGCGAUGCUUCCAGGCCUUCAAAUGAACCGGAACAAGAAGGUUUCGGUUGCCAUGGUAUUUCUUCUCGGAUCUGUCGGCUUCGUCUCGACCAUUAUCCGUCUUCAGGUUCUCGCAGUGUUUGGAAACUCCAUCGACCCGACGUGGGACUACGCGCCCGUUGUGUGGUGGACGACAAUCGAACUAGGUGUCGUCGUGGUGUGCGCCUGUGCGCCCAUGAUCCGCAACUUGGUCGAGAAGAAGUUCCCCGGCUUUGCGCUCUUCGCGAGGUGGACCACCCCGAAGCCAUCCAAGGGCAGCAGCCCAUCCUCGAACGGCAGCGUGGACAAGCCGACAAAGGCUGCUGGGCGAUAUCAGAAGUUCGGGCGGAGUAACAGCCCGCCUCAAUUUAGCGACAAUUAUGUUCGCGAUUACAUCACGAGUCCCAAAGGCCCUCCAGUACCCCAAAAGGACGAUCUGCCACCAUCUCGUAGGUACCGGGACAUGUACGCCUACGGUGGAUCCAAGCCCAAGGUGCUUGAGCCCUCGUCGCCGUCCCCUCAGCCGUAUGACCUCUCGUGGAGGUCCAUGAACCCUUAUGGGAUUCCUAAAGAUGACCUGGAAUCAUGUAUCGGAAAGACGAACUAUAAUCUUGAUAUUGAGAUGCUGGAAAGGAAAGGGAGAGAUGUGGUAGUGGCACAAAAGGAGCUUUGCUCUCUCUGCGGGAGGGAAAGCUGCAGUCACAUGUAA